CUUGUCACACUGCAGAACUAGGAAUUAUUUGAAAACAAUGAGCAUAUAGUUGGGAUCCUGAUGUCAAGAACUAAAUCAAGACCUUAAUCUUCUUUUGCAGAACCAAAAAACAAAAGAACAGAUUGAAAGCUUGUUACAGAAUGGAAAGCAUAAAGAGUUACGGGAUCGUCUCUGCUGCAGGCUGACCUUUGGGACUGCCGGGCUUCGCUCUGCCAUGGGAGCAGGCUUUUGCUACAUCAAUGAUCUCACGGUGAUCCAGUCAACACAGGGGAUCUACAAGUAUCUUGAGAGGUGUUUUUCAGACUUUAAGCAGAGAGGCUUUGUUGUUGGAUAUGACACACGAGGUCAGGUGACCAGCAACUGCAGCAGUAAGAAACUUGCAAAACUCACUGCAGCAGUCCUGCUGGCUAAAGAUGUACCCGUAUACUUCUUUUCCACGUAUGUCCCUACGCCUUUUGUGCCCUAUGCUGUUCAGCAGCUCAAAGCUGUGGCUGGUGUGAUGAUCACAGCAUCCCACAACAGGAAGGAGGACAAUGGGUACAAGGUUUAUUGGGAAAAUGGAGCACAGAUCACCUCUCCUCACGAUAAGGAAAUUAUAAAAUGUAUAGAAGAGUGCGUUGAACCGUGGAAUGGCUCUUGGAAUGAGAAUCUAGUAGACACCAGUCCCCUUAGACAGGAUCCUCUGAAGAAAAUUUGUGACUGUUACAUGGAGGAUCUGAAAAGGAUCUGUUAUCAUAGGGAGCUAAACGUGCAAACAAAUUUGAAGUUUGUUCAUACCUCUUUCCAUGGAGUUGGACAUGACUACGUGCAGUUGGCUUUCAAAGCGUUUGGCUUUCAGCCCCCCAUUCCAGUACCUGAACAAAAAGAUCCGGAUCCAGACUUCUCUACUGUCAAAUGCCCAAAUCCUGAAGAAGGAGAAUCUGUGCUGGAGCUGUCACUGAGGCUUGCAGAGAAAGAAAAUGCUAGAGUUGUAGUGGCUACUGAUCCAGAUGCAGACAGACUAGCAGUGGCAGAACAGCAGAAUGGCUGCUGGAAGGUGUUCACCGGCAACGAACUAGCAGCUUUGUUUGGGUGGUGGAUGUUUUCUUGCUGGAAGGAAAACUGCUCCGAAGAUGCUGAUGUGAAGAAUGUUUACAUGUUAGCGACCACAGUCUCCUCGAAAAUUUUGAGGGCUAUUGCACUUAAAGAGGGAUUUCACUUUGAAGAAACACUCCCUGGUUUUAAGUGGAUUGGAAGCAGAGUAAAAGAUCUCCUAGAUAAUGGAAAAGAAGUUCUUUUUGCAUUUGAAGAGUCUAUUGGCUUCAUGUGUGGCACAUCAGUGUUGGAUAAAGAUGGUGUAAGUGCAGCUGUGGUCACAGCUGAAAUGGCAACCUACCUGGAAGGCAAGAACCUGACGCUGGCACAGAAACUCACCGAGAUAUAUGAAACGUAUGGAUAUCACAUAUCAAAGACUUCUUAUUUCUUGUGCUACGAUCCUCCUACUAUCAAACGGAUAUUUGAGAAACUUCGGAACUUCGAUGCCCCUCAGUCUUACCCCAAAUUUUGUGGUAUUUACAAUAUAUUACACGUACGAGACAUUACCACUGGCUAUGAUAGCAGCCAGCCAAAUAAGAAAUCGGUACUGCCAGUGAGUAAAAGCAGCCAGAUGAUCACUUUUACAUUUCAAAAUGGUUGUGUUGCCACCCUUCGGACAAGUGGAACAGAACCAAAGAUCAAGUACUACGCGGAGAUGUGUGCACUGCCCGAGCAGAGUGACAGAAGCAUUCUGGAAGAAGAACUUCAGAAGCUUAUUGAGGCUUUGAUUGAGAAUUUUCUUGAACCUGAUAAGAAUGGACUGAUCUGGCGCUCAGCUUAGAUCUCCUGUAACCGGUGUUCAGAGAAGCGACCGCCUGCACUGCGUCAUGUGAAACAAAGGAACCAAGAACAGAACUCCAUUUCAUACGUGUGCGUGUGUGUGCGCGUGUUAAACAGCUACAUUUUUAUUCUGUAAAGAAGCAGCAUUCUUUUGUCAGGCUUUUCACCAAAGUCUGGGCUAGAAAAUUGGGAUAAGGAGAGAAAGCGAGAGUAAAGGAUGGAAUUUAUUAUUAUAAUUUCCCAUCCUUUUGACCAAAUUCAUCUGCACCAAUGCAAAUGAACAGCCCAUGUAGGUUUAAGGCGGCAGAUCUUAGCCACUAGAUCCGGUCUUAAACUAAUUUCAGGUACCCAAUACCUUUUUGUGCAAAAAAAAAAAAAAAAAAAAAAAAAAACGGGUAGUCUCAGUGGUUGAAGGAAGCCAUUACUCCAAACUGACAAAACUGCUUCUUCCUAGCUGUUGUGUGUGAGUGUAGGUAUCAUUGUUACAGGUCUUAAUUUCCAAAAACGUUGGAGUUCAGUGCUUAGCAUUUCUUGUUUAGGCAAGUUGUUCAAUAUGACAUUUUUUUCAGCUACUUAAGUAUCCUUCCGUUGUUAAAGGUGCUCUUGGUGCAUUGUAUUUCCUGUGUGUAUCUUAAAAAUAUUUACUCGAUAGUGAAACAAUAGUGGCAACACAUGCAGCCUGGGGUUUGAAUUGUGUAGUGCCUUUCGGAGGCUUCCAGAGGAAUGCAAACUUGUUCAUUCCUUGGCUAAAUUGCCCAUUCAAACCACCGUAAGCUUGGUAACAAUUUUUUUGUCCCACAUCUCUGAAGGAUCUUAGCUUUUUCUUUUUGUUUUUAAUAAACGUUUCAGAAAUUGUAUGAAAAUUCCAGUUAGUGACUUUUUUGGUUUUGAAAGUGGAGAUGAGACACUGACACCAUAGACUUUUUUUUUUUUUUAGUACCUAAAUAAUGAUUUUUUUUGGUCAUGUCUUGUAAGCUAAUUUCUGUUAGAAUAACAGUUUACAAAUACUAUUAUUCUUUAGCUCUUGGCACAAAUCUUUAGCAACUUCCCAUUGUCUGUUUUCUACUUUUUCUUGAGUAGAAAGUGAUACUGCUAAUCACUUUUUCCAGAAAAAUAGACUGCUACAGAAAUCCUCAUGUAGAUACCUAGGGCUUCAGACAAUAAAACCUGUGUCUUUUGGCCCAGAAAAGCUGUGGAAGAUACUUGAACUGAAACAGCACUUCAAGAAAAAACUGCGUAUUGAUUAACUGAGAAUACUCCUUGUUAACGUGUGCUGCUACGUUGCUAAUAUAACCCUCCGAAUAAAGCCAGUGAUGUUCUGAACAUCUCCCCGCUAUCCCGUCACAAUAAUUAAAGAAAAAAAA